UAUACGGAUAAACAGUUAUUUUUUGUUUAUAAGAUUGAGCGGAAGCAGAAUUUGGAGAAGAGAAGAAUAGAAUAAUAUCCCAAUCGUGUUUCUUCGCUAACUACAAUACAACCAUCAACCUUUCUUUGAUUUCUCUGCAUUCCCCUUUCCCUUAAUUCAUCUAAACCUAUUCGCUUAUUGAUUUUCUAAUCCCUUUUAUUUUUCAAAGUUGAUUUUGCAGGUCAUUCUGAUGGGGAAAUCCUCCGGUUCACUCAAAAAGAAACAUUCCAACAAUUCCUCUAAGGUUAAGGCAAGCAGUAAAAGUAAGAGUAGGAAACAUAAAUCAAAGAAGGUUCGACGCCAUGAGGUUUCUCUUUCUAGUUCAGAUUACGAUGAUUCAAAAAUUAUGGACACAUCGGUGUCGUCUAGUUCUGAAGAUAGGUCUAGAAGAAAAAGGGAUCGGUCUCGCACAAGAAAAGAUGUGAAAGGUUGUAAGAAGAAGGUUCGGAGACUUUCAUGCAGUUCUGACAGCAGUGAUGAGGGAUCUCUCCAUGGCAGGAAGAGAAAAAAGGUGAAGAGGAAAAACAAGUAUGAUGAGACAAAGUUGAAGGUGAAAUCUCGCAAGAAGAAAAAGGUUAGGAGAGAAGCAAGUGUUAGUUCGGUAAGUAGUGGAUCACGAAGCUGCUCAACAUGUCCGGGUGGGAUUGAUAGUGAUGGUAAGAGUGAAUAUGAGAGUUUGAGGGGAAGAACAAAUAGAAAGGAGGAAGAUAGAAAAACAGAUAGAAAGGAGAAAGGCAAAAGAAGAUGGAGGGGAAGAAGUGGAAGUGCAAAGAGUAGUAGAUAUAGGCCAAGAAGUUGUUCACCCUGCUGUAGUCCCCGAGGUGAAAGUAGUUAUGAAGAUACUGAAGAGAAAUAUGUGUCUGAGAACAAAUCUAGGUGGCUGCGAUCAGUUAUUACUGUUGCAAAAGAGGUGGAUGAAUCUAUAGAAUUAUGUGGGAAUGAAACCAAAGAGGAAGUUGUAGAUGAUCUCGAUUACCCUUGUAGAAGCAAUGACAGUAAUGAUGGGGGCACAAAGAGGGAGUUGGAUCAUUAUACACAUCCUGCACCAGAAAAAGAAUCGAGACCCGAGGAUGAGACAAGCAAUAUGAAUGCCGAUGUUAACUUCAAAGAGCCGAAACAUAGAGAUACUAGUAAAGAUUAUAGUAAUGGGACAAGUGAAUCUAUGAAGAAGGAAGCAAGUGAUACUUCUGGUGCUAAUCUGGAUGGCGUUGAUAUGGAGUCUAUUCUAAGACAAAGAGCGUUAGAAAACUUACGAAAGUUCAGAGGUGAAGUUCAGUCUAGCGCAAAAGCUUCUGAACAGAAAAAUAAAAUUGUCAGCCAAGUGAAGCAACCGAUUACUGAUAAUAAGGAACUGGUUCAAGAUGAGUCUAAUAUCAAUAAUGUUGAUAUAACGAAAAAAUUUAAUAAGCAAACGCCUGUAGAAGAAAUUAGUUUGCCUGUUGGGAGGACAGAUUUAGCUGCUUAUGAAAGAAACAAUGGAAGGAUUUUGAACAUGGAUAAAGAUAUAUCUGGUUCUGCUAAGAUUCAAACACCAGAAAAGGUGAUUGAUGCAGACAACAACCGUAGCAAAGUAGUCACUGAAUCAACUAAUAUUAAGGCGAGCAAUUUGGAAUUGAACCCAUCAGAAUCUUGCCAUGAUUCACUUCACAGUCGCUCAUCUCUCAAGGGAGUGACUGUGUCCAGACUUACUCGUGAAAAGUUGGUUUUAGCAGAUAGUAUUAUAAAUAAGAGUACUUCUGAAGCUGCUCAUGUCACGAAUCAUGGUAGCAAUGAUAAUGUCAAAGACAUUAGAGAAAUUUCUUCUGCUGGUCCUAAACCUUUGAUUCAUGGACCUAAAUUUAAGGAUAACAACAACUUGGAUAAGGUGCAAGAUGAAGCCAGUGACCACUCUCAGUUUAAAACAAAGCAAACAUCUGAUUCACGUGAACCUUCUGAUGCAAAGUUGCUGGUGAGUGAUGCUGAUGAAGAAAGGAAUGCAGCUAAGACAACCCAAUCUUCAAUCCAGAAUACUAAUAGAAGUGGUAUAGAUGUUGAAAAGUCCUGCAAUGCUGCUACCACUGAAGCAGGCUUUAAAAGUUCAUCAAUAGAGAAUAAUUCAGGCAAAGUACAUGAUGAAUCCAAACAGGGCUCUCAGUUUGAGCAGAAAACAAUGAAUGUCAUGCGGGGUGGUGAAAUGGUGCAGGUUAACUACAAGGUCUAUAUCCCUAAGAAAACCCCUGCUUUGGCUAGAAGGCAACUUAAGCGAUGAUCUUAUUUGGUGAAGCUUAUGUUUGGUUGAGUGGCACCUUCCAGCUCUCCUACCGUUAAAAUUUCGAAGCUACAUAUUGGAGAGUUGCGAAGACGUACAUCGUCAUCGUCACCGUGGCUUUUCAUUCUUCCAAACACACGCAAAGGUUAUUUGUGGUUUCUUUUAUGUAUGAACUCUUAGAGCCACAUCAAUUUCUGUUAGCUAUAUUUCAUUUAGGUGCUAUUGUAGGUUAUGGUGAAAGUAGUCUGUUACACUAAUAAUGGUGCAACCAUGGAAACACACAGAAGACCCCUUCAAUCUUUUCUGGGGGAAUAUGAAGACCUUGUGUAAGUAUGCUUUGUUGAUGCUGCUCCACUUGGAAUUUUGAGUUAGUGUUGUAUUAAAUAAUUUUGGGAAAUGGAUUGCACGUGGUCACACAUUCUCACGGUUGAGGAUUUGGACUAUCGAUUAAGAUCGGCUAGUCCACGUUUUGGUUGUGUUUUAAACUUAUUUUGCAAAGUUGGAAUCCGAGUCGUACUAUUAAGAUUGGAUGAUUUAGAUCGCAUAAUUUCAUAAAUGCAUUGUAGAGAAUCAAUGCCCGGGGAAUGGGAGGUAAGAUGACAUUUAUAAGUUUGGAGUUUCCAACAGCUGAUAAUUCACAGGCCUUGAGUAACUUCAAGGGUAUGCAAUAAUAUGGACUUCCCUGAGUAUGGGUAGAUGACAUUUAUAAGUUUGUUUGCAAUAUUGACUAUUUUCUCUACUAAUUGAAAGAUUUCUCAUUUUA